AUGCUAAAUUUAUUAAAACCUGGCUUCAAUCCAAAAUCAGUGUCAUGUGAUUUUGAAUUAUCAGUAAUUAAUACCAUAAAAAAAAAAUACCCUGACGCUGAUAUUCACGGUUGUUUGUAUCAUUUGACAAACAAUUUUCAUAAAAAAAUGAACGGAAUGGGUUUUGCUUCAAAAUAUAAAAAUGAUACUGAUUUUUCAAUAUUUAUAAAAAUGGUUGUAGCUCUUUCAUUUGUUCCAAUCGAAAAGCUAGAUGCUGCUAUACAAAAUUUAGGAGAUGACUUAUCAGAAUGCUUACAACCUUUACUUGACUGGUUUGAGGACAAUUAUGUUGGAAGGGUUAAUAGAAACGUAAGAGGUCGUCGGACAGCAUUAUUCCCACCACACAUUUGGAAUUUACACCAACGAGUUUUGAAUGGUCAAGAUAGGACUAACAACCAUGCCGAAGCAGCUAUUAGAUGA